CCACGCAGCCGCCCAAGUGUUCGACGCCCGGGAAGACCACGGACUGUGGAGGACAACAACGAAAACCCAGCGUUUAUUGAGCAGCUUCAGGCCUGGGCCCAGGAAACUUCGCAGAAGCAGCUGACGGACUUGGAGUCCGAGUUCGAGCGCUUGCAGAGUCAGCCGCGACCGGAACCAUCUCCUGAAUUUGCACGGUGAUUUUUUUCUUUAUUGUUUUUAACGCAGAACUGUUUGUCUUUUGUAGCAACCCUACUCUAAACCGCUAUCGGGACGUUAUCUGUGUCGAGAACAACCGGGUCGCGCUGACAAACGGACGCUACAUUCACGCCAAUUGGAUUGAUAGCCAUGGUGAUCGUCGGUACAUUUGUACACAGGGCCCGCUUCCGCAGACUGUCGGCGACUUCUGGGAGAUGGUUCUGCAGGAGAAAGUUGAGGCGGUUGUUAUGCUGUGUGACACCAUCGAGCUCAAUCGUCCCAAGUGUCAUCAGUACUGGCCGAAGGAUAAUGCGCCGGAAUCUGCGAUCACAAGUCGGGACGACAACAUAAGAGUCCGUUUCGUGGAUACCGAGGCACUGGACGACAACCAUCUUAUUCGGACGCGCCUUCAAAUAACCAGCGACAAUCCGAAGCGGCAGGCGAAUGUUCGACACUUCCAUUGGAGACGUUGGCCCGAUCGUGGAGUGCCGAUGAAUCACCUUGCUGCGCUCCGACUGCUCUUCUACAUCGGGAAAUACAAGCCGAUAGUAGUCCACUGCUCGGCAGGUAUUGGCAGAACCGGGACCAUCGUGAUGAUCUACUUGGCUCAGAAUACGCUGCGCGCUGGACAUCGUCUGGACUUCUACGAGUUGGUAGCAGAGUUGCGUCGUCAACGGGCAGGCAGUGUACAAACCUUGGACCAAUACCUGUACAUCUACAGCGUCUUUCUCCGAUACGCAAAGAACAAGGCUGAUGCGGGCAGGAUCAACGUGGACGUCGAAGCAGUCGAACGGCUGAUACAAGCGAUAUCGAGACGGAUCUACAAGCCGACGAGACGCUAGGACAGAGAGAUAUACUCUGCUGUGAUAUCGAAUAGUGAUAUGCUUAUUCAUUGUUGUUGUAUUUUGCUUGUGUAUUUGCUUGUAUAUUGACCUCAUAAUUGUACAUAGUAUUGUUUCUCUUGAAUGUAAAUAAAUAUUUUUUUGUUCUUGUGUCCUUAAGUUUUAUAAAUUUGAAAUAAGCGGUUGAUUUUGUGGUCUGUAAUUUUGUGGUGAAAUUUUUAAUUUUUCGAAGACUUGUAACUCGCGUGUUGGUAUUAAAGCUGGACUGGGCUAUAGCUACUUC